AUGACCUCUGUACCCGGAAAGUGCCACUGCGGCCAAAUUGAAUGGACUGUGAAGCUUGCUGACCAGGAGAAGUCGCAUAUCCUCUGCCACUGCGAUGCCUGCAAGAUUGUCAACGGUGGGGAGUUCACUUUGAAUCAAGUGAUCCCGGAAGAAAAUUUCAAACUCGAAAAGGGAGAGCCGAGCAAGUACACCUACAAGGGUGACUCUGGGAACCCCGUCCACUGCUUCUUCUGUCCAACCUGCUCAACCCACAUUUACCACCACCAAACCGCUCUGGGCCCGAAGUACAUCAUCCGCACUGCCGCACUAGCCGGCUCGAAGGAAUGGCCCGUGGGUGCAGAGAUAUAUUGCAAGGAUAACUUGAAGUGGUUCCCCAAGAUUGCGGAAACUACGUUCCCUGCCGCUCCGCCUUCGUGA